CGCAACCGGGUCAGCUGGGAUUCCGCUUGGCUCGCAAACCCACCCCUCGCAACUUCGCAAAGCCUGGGUUUUCAGGAGGGCGCAUGGGAUUCCUGCAAUGGGAAGGUGGAGGGCGUUGUGGCGGCCUUGGGGCUGCGGCCAGAGCAACCUCUCGGCGCCUACGGUAUUCCAGUACCGAAAUGCCUCUAACUUUGCCUUCCUCCGUCAACCUGUGCCAUCGUUGGCUCAUACCAUGGCCCAGUACCUGCGCUCCCUGGAGCCCCUGGUGAACCCCAAAGAUCUGGAGCAGACGCGGCAGCUGGUGGCAGCUUUUGAGGCCCCAGGUGGAGAAGGAGAGAGGCUCCAGGUGCGGCUGAAAUGCAGGGCUGCCCGCAUGGAGAACUGGAUCAGAGAUUGGUGGAUUCAGACAGCCUACUUGGAGAAUCACCUUCCCCUGGUAGUUCACUCAAGCCCAGCUGUUGUCCUGCCCAAGCAGGAUUUCAAUGACUGGAGAGGACAAUUGAGGUUUGCAGCUAAACUCAUUGCGGGUGUGCUGGAUUUCAAGGCAAAGAUUGACCGCCAGACCCUGCUAGUUGAGUAUUCCCAGGGUCACCCUCUCAGCAUGGACUGCUAUUCUCGCCUCUUUGCCUCCUGCCGACUCCCUGGACGAAAACGUGACACUAUUUUACUGCCUCCUCCUGGACGGAAACCCCCAAGUUAUAUUACCGUUGUUCGCAACUUCCAGUUCUUCCAGCUUGAAGUAUACAAUAGUGAUGGGACACCCCUGACCAUUGACCAGCUCUACCUGCAGCUCCUAAAAAUCCGCUCCUUUUCUUGGAAGUUGGAUAAAGAGCCCUUGGGAAUCCUCACCAGUGAUCACCGACAUACUUGGGGAGAGGCCUUCAAUAGUCUCAUGAAAGACAAGCUGAACCAGGAAUCAGCUCUCAAGAUCCAACGUAGCCUCUUCACUGUCUGUCUGGAUGCCCCUAUCCUGAAGGUGUCCGAUGCUCACGCCCCAAGCCGUUUAGCAGCUCAGAUGCUGCACGGUGGAGGGAGCUACUCCAACAGUGGCAAUCGCUGGUUCGACAAGACACUGCAGUUCAUCAUCGGAGAAGAUGGCACCUGUGGGGUCCUUUACGAACAAGCCAUCGCUGAGGGGCCACUGAUUGCCACAGUCAUCGAUUACGUCCUUGAUUAUUGCAAAGAUCCGAUCAUGACACGCAGCCCAAUGAUUCCUCUACAGUUACCCCCAAAACUUUAUUUUUCCAUCACUCCAGAAGUCAAGCGUGACCUUGAGCGUGCAAAGCAGAACCUGGAUGUUCUCAUCAGCGACCUGGACAUCCGUUGCUUCACCUAUGACGGCUUUGGGAAGGAGUUUCUCAAAAGCCAAAGUCUGAGGCCUGACUCGGUCAUGCAGGUAGUUCUGCAGCUGGCGCAUUACAGAGCACACGGGCAAUUGUGUCCCACCGCAGAGACAGCCUCGCUUCGUCGCUUCCAUCAGGGCCGGUCAGAAAUCAUACGCUCUGCUACCUCAGCUGUACUGGCCUUCGCCCAGGCCAUGGAUAACGAGAAGUGCCAGGCCCCUGAAAAAUUAUCUCUCCUGAAAGAAGCAGUUGAAUGCCACAGCACCCUGACAGAGCAGGCUCUGGAUGGACAAGGCAUCGACUGCCAUUUGCUUGGACUGAAAAUGGAGGCCAUAGCGGACGGCUUCCAUGUCCCGGAGCUUUUCAUGGAUAUUUCCUACACUCUGGCUUCAUACUGGAAACUCUCCACAGGACAGGUCGCUUCCCGCACAGACUGCAUCAUGUGUUACGGGCCACUCGUGCCUGAUGGCUACGCUGUUUGCUACAACCCUUUGCCUACCCAUGUUAAUUUUGCCGUCACCGCCUUCAACUGCUGUGAGGAAACCAAUGCCACUUACUUAGCCGGAAACAUCCAGAAUGCCCUGGCUGAUGUGGGGGCCUUGUUGGGGAACUUUGGAGAAGGCCAGCCUGAAAGACUCUGAGGAAUAUUUUGAACUUCACUUCGGAGUUCAACAUGACUGAGGGCAUCUCUCUAGUUUGGCCAACAGAUGACCUGUCGUUGUUGAGAAAUCCCCACUCUCUCCCUUGCCUUCCUUUGGGCCAAAAAUUGGGAUGCAGCAUCCUUCAGCACUCCUAAUCCGCAAUGUCCUUUCCUAGCCCUUCACAGGAUUUACAUACAUCUUCUAAAGGCAAGAUCAGAUCCUAAUUUAUUUCCAGAAUAAAGACAUUUAAAAUAUAUACAUAUAUAUUUCACAGGAAAGGGGCUGAGUUAAUUUCUUGUUUAGAUCAGUGAAAGAUUUUUUUAGAAAGAAAUUAUGACUUUGAGUUGCACAUCCAUUCCAAACUGGCUUUUACAGCAUAAUGAACUACGAUUGUGAUUCAUGUUCACAUUGUGUCUUACUUUCGCUGUCCCCAAUUUUGGGGGCACCUGGUACUGGAGGGGCAGGGUGUAGUUUCCCGAGCUACCAAGCUGCUGUGUAUGCGCAGAUGAAGCUUAUUUCGCUUGUGCAGCCCAGUUUCUAAUGGGCUACGGCUCGGUACUGGUUCACAGCCCAGAGUUUGGGGACCUCUACCUUACAUGCUUUCCCCCCCAGGAGUUCUCAAAAGUUUGUGGUAGGGUGACCUUCUGAAAUGAUGACUUGAUUUCUGGGUCUCCCACCCCUUAAACGAAAUUGCUUUCUUUGGGAUGAGGUUU